UUUCUCGCGCGGUGGAAACCAAACCGGACGGAUGCGCCUCGGUCUCAUGGAAACGCCCAAAUCGAUUGCCUGUUUCCGUAGCUGGGGUUGAGGAAAGAUACCGAAGAGGAGCGGCAGAGGAAGGAGAUGGAGACGGUGAAGAAUCUUCUGAGGCCGAAACCCAAUCCCCAGCAGCAGCUCCGCGAAUGGCAGCGCCGCCUCCGACAAGAGUGCCGCAACAUCGAACGCCAGAUCCGAGACGUGCAGAGGGAGGAGAAGAACGUGCAGAAGGCGAUUAAGGAUGCCGCAAAAAGGAACGACAUGGCUUCGGCGAAGUCUCUUGCUAAGGAAAUUGUGAGAUCAAAACAAGCUGUGAACCGUCUUUAUGAAAAUAAGGCACAAUUGAAUUCAGUCACGAUGCACCUUGGUGAACUAGUUGCAACGGCCAGGACUGUUGGCCAUCUAUCCAAGAGUGCUGAGGUUAUGAAGCUUGUGAAUAGUCUGAUGAAGGCUCCUGAAGUUGCUGUUACAAUGCAAGAAUUUAGCAAAGAAAUGACAAAGGCUGGGGUGAUUGAAGAAAUGGUGAAUGAUGCUGUUGAUACAGCCUUGGACUCAGAGGACAUUGAAGAGGAAAUAGAAGAGGAAGUGGACAAAGUGCUUGCUGCAAUAGCAGGUGAAACUGUGUCACAGCUACCAGAUGCUGUGAGGAAGGAGAAGAUUCAACAACCUUCAGCUACUGUGGAUGUUGAAGAGAGAGAAGCGGUUGCCGAGGGUGCAGAGGAUGAAGACCUAGAUGAGAUAAGGGAACGACUUGCUCGGGUGAGGUCAUAGGUGGCCCCAUUGCCUGCUUAUUUAAUAUGUUGGAAUGCACAUGCAUGAGGUACCGAGUAACUAUAGCAAUAUAUCCACGACGAACAUUAUCAUGUACCCUAAAAGUUGUACUUACCUUGUAGAUACGGCUUUGACUCUCUAAGCAGUAUCCAACACAAUAAAUUCUUGACACUCACACUUCUGACAUUCAGAUUAACAACUUAUAUGAACAUUGUGUUCAUCCA